AUGCCAGUAGAUAGCCGGAGCUCCCUCCCCGCCCUCCUAGUUGCUCUCUUCUGCAUGAUACUCGCCGCUAUGCUUAUAACCAUCUAUCACUGGGUGGCCAUCAACUGGGGAUUCUACAGCCGCCGGAACACCUCUGGAAGCCGGCAGCCGGAAGACGUAGUUGUCGACGUCGAGGCUUCGGCGUCGUCGUUGCCUGUUCUUUCGGCGCAAAUCUAUCGAAAGGACGUGCAAGUGGUUUCUGGAGGCGGCGAUGGCGAUGAGGAGAGAAUGUGUCCGGUGUGCUUGGUGGAGUUUAACGACGGCGAUGGGGUACGGAAGCUGCCGGAAUGCAUGCAUUGCUUUCACGUGCAGUGUAUUGACAAGUGGCUUCUAUUGCAUUCUAGUUGUCCUGUUUGUCGAGCUGAGUGUGACGCCAAUACUGGCGUCGCACUAUUCACCCGCUAA